AUGGCGGGGAAGACGGACUCGGGUUCCAGCCGGGUGCCGUACAGAAACCUGAGGGAGGCGGAGGUGGAAAUGACGGGAACAGACGGGGCUCAUCAUCGGAUCGACCUUAAUUCCUCUUCGUCUUCGUCCCCUAAGGUUCUGAAUGGGACCGGCGACCUCUCGCUGCCACCGAUUCAACCCGGACACAAAUACAAUACCCUUACGACUCUUAUUCUCAGCUGUACGGUCUCCGCCAGUGUACAGUUCGGUUGGGCUUUGCAGCUUUCGCUUUUAACUCCUUAUAUACAGGUUCGAUUUUGA